AUUUCUUCACCCAACAACAUACCUCUCUCUACGAAUAUCACCAAUGGCACACACCCGUAAGUACCUCUAAUACCCAAGGACACGAUCGUACAUCCAUAUCCCAUCUCUAUAACUUCACACAUUCCUCACUCUCUCACUCACACUCUUCAUUUCUCAAAAUCACACUCAUUUCUCCGAAACCCUUUCUUCAAGAGUUAGGGUUUUUCCAUUUCGAGCAACAAUGGCGAGAGUUCGAAAAAAUCCUCAACCCGAAGAUGAUGAACAAGAGAUAAGCCGAAGGAAAGGGAAGAGGAAAUUAGCUUCUACUGUUGAUGACGAUGCAGAUGAAGACUUGGAUGAGUUUGAGGUUGAUGGGUUUUUAGUUGAUAAUGCUGAAGAUGGCGGUGAAGAAGAUAGUCUUAUGAAAACACAAAAGAAGAAAAGGAGAACGAGAUCGUCAAAAAACAUUGUUCUUGAUGAUGAUGAUCUUGAGUUAAUCCGUGAGAACAAGCGCUUGAAUCAAGGAAAAAUGAGUGAUGGAAAGUUGAAAAGGCUUAAAAAGUCCGGCGUAGAUGCUGAGCCGAUGGAACAUUCUUCUGAUGAAGGAUCUCUUUUUGAUGAUUUUUCUGAAGAAGAUGAUGAUAUGUCAGAUUUUAUAGUGGACGAAGAGCCUGUUGUCUAUGGGAAGGGAGAUUCUCUCAGGCAAAAAAAGUUUAAAGACUUGAAGCAUUCGUCUUUGCUUUCAAAAGAAGCCAAACAAAGAUCUGGCAAGUCAGGUCUGCAUACAGUGUCUGGUGAUCCUAAAAAUAUCCAUGUAGCAGGAGAGGGCAAUUCUGUAGCUGAUACAGACUUACCUGAGAGGAUGCAGAUAAUUGAGGACACUGUAGGAUCUUUUCCGGUUGACAGAAUGAGUAUCGAAGAAGAAAGUUCUUGGAUACUACGUCAACUUGUGUCCAAUAUAAAUCCACUGUUCAGCGAGGCCAAAUCCUGUGGACUAGUCGAUACAGUAAACAGGGAAGAUAUUGUUAGGUUCUUGGAAUUGCAUCAUAUAAAGAAAUAUGAUAUUCCGUUUAUUGCAAUGUACCGUAAGGAACAGUGCCAUAGUCUUCUGAAAGAUGGUAAACAGGAUGAUUUGGAAAAUACAUCAAUGAAUGAUGGUGAGGGAAACCCUAAACUGAACUGGCACAAGAUACUCUGGAUAAUCAAGGAAUUGGAUAUAAAAUGGCUACAUCUUCAGAAGCGGAAGAACAUGCUCCAAAGAUACUAUAACAAACAUUUUGAGGAUGAAUGCCAAAUGUCUUUCCUUGCUGAGGAAUCCAGUUUCCAUAAGCAGAUUUUUGACUCGAUCACCAUUAUGCUCGAGAAGGCUGAAACAGAGAGAGAGAUUGAUGAUGUUGAUAUGAAGUUUAAUCUGUAUUUUCCGCCAGCUGAUGAGUUCUUAAGCAGUGGUUAUAAAAGGCCUCUGAUGAAGACAUACUAUUCCGACUGUAGAAAGGCAGGAUUGUCUUCACUUGCUAGGAAAAUCGGAAAUCCCGAGAAAUUUGGUUCUCUAGUUACUCUUAACGAAGCGGAAAUGGUUAGUGAAGAAGAUCCAGAGGAAUCUCCAGAAGAGAUGGCUUCAAUAUAUACGUGUGAAACUUUUCAAACUUUAGAAGCUGUACUUAAAGGCGCCAGGCACAUGGCUUCCUUGAUGUUAAGCUGUGAGAUACCUUUCAGGAAAUAUGUCCGCAGCAUAUUUAUGGAUAAGGCUUUAGUAUCAACUAGACCUACAUUGAAAGGAAAUACAGCAAUAGAUUCCUUUCAUGAAUUUGCUGGAUUUAAGUGGCUGAAGGACAAACCUCUCUUGAAGUUCGAGGAUUCUCAGUGGCUUCUCAUUCAGAAGGCUGAAGAAGAGGAGCUUCUUAAAGUUGAAAUAAAGUUGCCUGAAGAUGCAGUAAAGGAGUUGAUGACAGUCUGCAAUGAUGCUUAUCUAAAAGACAGUGAAGGAACGUCCACUCAACUUUGGAAUGAGCAGCGCAAAUUAAUCUUGCAGGAUACCAUUUCAAACCUUCUUUUGCCUUCUAUGGAGAAGGAAGCACGUGCAUUGCUAAAUGCUAAGGCUAAAAACUGGUCACUAAUGAAAUAUGGGAUGCAAUUCUGGAACAGAGUCUCUGUGGGACCGUAUCAAAACAACGACAAUGCUGCUGCAAAAGAGCGUGGAGUAGUGGCUUGUUGUUGGGGAAAUGGUAAGCCAGGUACAACAUUUGUGAUGUUGGAUUCAAAAGGCGAGUUGGUUGAUGUGAUGCAUGCUGGGUCACUGACAUUGCGAUCUCAGAAUAUCAAUGAUCAGCAGCGAAGAAAAAGGGAUCAGAAUUGUGUCCUCAAGUUCCUAUCAAUUCAUCGACCAAAGGUUAUUGUAUUAGGAGCUGCCAAUUCAUCCUGUAUAAGGUUGAAGGAGGACAUCAAUGAGAUUAUUUCCGUGAUGGCGGAGGACAAUUUUCAAGACGCCGGUCAAGAGAUGAAUGGACUACCAACAGUUGUAUUGGGGGAUGAAGGUUUGCCUCAUCUCUAUGAAGAGUCAGAGAUUUCAACGAGCCAGUUUCCCAGACAAUAUGGCAUUGUCAAGAGAGCUGUGGCUCUUGGACGUUACCUUCUUAAUCCACUGGCAAUGGUUGCAACACUCUGUGGAGGCAAUAAAGAGGCAUUGUCUUGGAAAUUGGACCCUCUGGAGAGAUUCCUAUCAAGUGAUGAGAAGAUGGAGAUGAUCGAAUGGAUCAUGAUAGAUAUUACAAACCAAGUAGGUAUAGACAUAAAUUUGGGAAGUAGACAUGACUGGCUGUUAGCACCUUUGCAGUUCAUUUCUGGUCUUGGGCCCACGAAAGCUGGUAUGUUGCUCAGAGAAUUACUUGGAGGUACAGAUGUGAGAAAUCGAAAGGACUUGGCUAAAUUUGGACUGAAAACAAAGAGGGUUUUCUGCAAUGCUGUUGGUUUUUUACAGGUUUCUUGUGAUGACCCAAAUUUUGUUGAUACUGCUGGCAAUGUCCUUGACCGUACAAGAAUUCAUCCAGAGUCAUAUAGUCUUGCUGAGGAAUUAGCUAGAGCUGUUGUUACCAGACAUUAUGCUGAUGCCAAUGAUACCCAAUUGAAUGCAAUUGAAUGUAUUCAAAAUGAUCCAAAACUGCUAGAGAGUUUUGAUAUAAAUGAAUAUGCAGACGGGCUUGAAACAGAAACAGGUGAAUGCAAAAAGGCCACUCUUUUUGACAUAAGGAUGGAACUACUCCAUGGAUUUAAAGAUCCCAGGAGCCCUUUUCAGGAACCAACUCAAGAUGACGAGUUCUAUAUGGUAACUGGAGAAAUGGGGGUUGCACUGGUUGAAGGAGAAAGAGUUCAGGCAACAGUUCGUCGUGUACUGGCUCGUCAGGCAUUCUGUGAGCUUGAGUCUGGAAUAUCUGGAGUACUGUUCAAGGAGGAUUUUUCAGAUGAUAUUGGAGAUAUGCCAUUAACAGAAAAAUUGCGCGAAGGUGUUGUGCUUAAAUGCAAGGUCAAACUAAUUGAUAAGAGUAGAUGCCAGGUUAAUCUGACAUCUAAAGUGAGUGACUUGAAGAGCGUGGGUGAUCAAAGUUUUCGUGACAUGGAUCCCUAUUAUUGUCAAGGAAGUAUCAUUUUGCCUAGUCUACAAGAGUCAACAGAUAAAAAGGAUCUUGCUGAGAAAAGUUUCUUGCCUAGAAAAAUUUCUCAUCCCCAUUUUCAGAAUAUAACUGCAGAUCAAGCAAAAGAGUUCCUUGCAGAUAAGGCUGUCGGGGAAUAUAUUUUCCACCCAAGUUCAAGGGGUCUUUGUUAUUUGACCUUAUCUCUUAAAUUUUUUGAUGCAAUUUAUGUACACAAAGACGUUGUGGAAGGUGGGAAGAGUCAUGAUAUGAAUAGAUUAGUUGAACUUGGAAGUACAUUAAAAGUAGGAGAGGAAAUAUUUGACAACUUAGAUAAGGUUAUUGAACUCUAUCUCGAUCCAUUGGUAGUUCAUCUGAAAGAUUUAAUUAAUUUCCGCAAAUUUAAGAAGGGCACAAAAGCUGAAGUUGACGAACUAUUAAAACAUGAGAAGGAGGAACAUCCAAACAGGAUACCAUAUGGCAUUGGCAUUUCAUAUGAGCAUCCUGGCCUUUUCAUAUUGUCUUACAUUAGAAGUACAAAACCACAUCAUGAGUUUAUUGCUAUCCAUCCAAAAGGAUUCAAGUUCAGGAAGCACGUAUUCAACAAUAUUGAGCAGGUGAUGGGAUAUUUUCAAAAUCAUAUCAAUGAUGUUCCACAAGCAAAGGACCAAUCAAAAGAUUACAAUGACAGUGGAGGUGGUCGCGGCCGCGGUCGUGGUCGUGGUGGUGGGGCGUGCCACAAAUGUGGUGAGUCGGGUCACAUGGCUAGGGAGUGCACCCAAGAGGGUGGUGGAGGUGGAGGCAGGGGUGGUGGCGGAUCAUGCUACAAAUGUGGUGAGUCGGGUCACAUGGCUAGGGAGUGCACCCAAGAGGGCGGUGGAGGUGGAGGAAGGGGUGGUGGUGGAUCUUGCUACAAAUGUGGUGAGUCUGGUCACAUGGCUAGGGAAUGCACCCAAGAGGGCGGUGGAGGUGGAGGAAGGGGUGGUGGUGGAUCUUGCUACAAAUGUGGUGAGUCUGGUCACAUGGCUAGGGAAUGCACCCAAGAGGGUGGUGGGGGAGGGAGGGGCGGUGGCGGUGGUGGCACAUGCUACAAAUGUGGUGAGUCGGGUCACAUGGCUAGGGACUGCACCCAAGAGGGCGGUGGAGGUGGAGGAAGGGGAGGUGGUGGAUCUUGCUACAAAUGUGGUGAGUCUGGUCACAUGGCUAGGGAAUGCACCCAAGAGGGUGGUGGUGGAGGGAGGGGCGGUGGCGGGACAUGCUACAAAUGUGGUGAGUCCGGUCAUAUGGCUAGGGAGUGCACCCAGGAGGGUGGUGGAGGUGGAGGGAGGGGUGGUGGUGCGUGCUACAAAUGUGGCGAGUCAGGUCACAUGGCUAGGGAGUGCACCCAGGAGAGUGGUGGUGGAGGGUGGGGUGGCAGCGGUGGACGUGGAAGAGGUCGAGGCCGUGGACGUGGAUCUAGUUAUAGUUCUUUCUCUCAUGAUGAUAAUGUUGAUGUCAACGAUGGUGGUGGUAGUGGAUGGGGAGUAACUGAUGGUGGUAGUGGAUGGGGAGGGACUGGUGGUAAAAGUUGGGGUGGAAAUAAUACAAAUGAAGAAAGCAAUACAGGAAAAAGUGGUUGGGGAGUCACAGCUGCUGAUAAUAGUGGAUCUGGAAAUGAAAAUUCUGGAUGGGGUGCUGCUCCUGGGAAGAAUGUUACUCCCUCUGGCGGCGAGAGUGGAUGGGGAGCUACUGGUGGUAAAAGUUGGGGUGGAAACAGCUCAAACCAAGAAAGCAAUACAUCAAAAGGUGGUUGGGGGGUCACAGCUGCAAGUAAUGGUGCACCUGAAAAUGAAAAAGCUGGAUGGGGUGCUUCUCAUGGGAAGAAUGAAACUCCCUCUGGUCCCUCUGGUGGUGAGAGUGGAUGGGGAGCGACUGGUGGUAAAAGUUGGGGUGGAAAUAGCUCAAACAAAGAAAGCAAUACAACUGAAGCUGGUUGGGGAGCCACAACUGCCAGCAAUGGUGGAUCCGGAAAUGAAAAUUCUGGAUGGGGUGCUGCUCCUGGGAAGAAUGUAACUCCCUCUGGUGGCGAGAGUGGAUGGGGAGGGACUGGUGGUAAAAGUUGGGGUGGAAACAGUACAAACCAAGAAAGCAAUACGGAAAAAGGUGGUUGGGGAGUCACAGCUGCCAGCAAUGGUGGAGCUGGAAAUGAAAAUUCUGGAUGGGGUUCUGCUAAUGCGAAAAAUGCAACAGCUUCUGGUGGUGAGAGUAAAUGGGGAGAGACUGGUAGUGGGAGUGGAUGGGGAGGGACCGGUGGUAAAAGUUGGGGUGGAAGUAGUACAAAUGAAGAAAGCAAUAUAACAGAAAGUGGAGGCAGUGGCUAUGGAGGCGGUGGUGGACGAGGAGGUGGUAGAGGUGGUGGCGGGGCGUGCUACAAGUGUGGUGAGUCGGGUCACAUGGCUAGAGAGUGCACCCAGGAGGGUGGUGGAGGAAGGGGAGGUGGUGGACGAGGAGGUGGAAGAGGUGGUGGGGCGUGCUACAAGUGUGGUGAAUCUGGUCACAUGGCUAGGGAGUGCACCCAGGAGGGUGGUGGAGGCGGUGGACGCGGAGGUGGAAGAGGUGGUGGGGCGUGCUACAAGUGUGGUGAAUCUGGUCACAUGGCUAGGGAGUGCACCCAGGAGGGUGGUGGAGGCGGAGGGUGGGGAGGCGGUGGACGAGGAGGCGGAAGUGGUGGGGGGGCAUGCUACAAGUGUGGUGAAUCUGGUCACAUGGCUAGGGAGUGCACCCAGGAGGGUGGUGGAGGCGGUGGACGUGGAGGUGGAAGAGGUGGUGGGGCGUGCUACAAGUGUGGUGAAUCUGGUCACAUGGCUAGGGAGUGCACUCAGGAGGGUGGUGGAGGCGGCGGUGGAGGGUGGGGAGGCGGUGGACGAGGAGGCGGAAGUGGUGGUGGGGCGUGCUACAAAUGUGGUGAAUCGGGUCACAUGGCUAGGGACUGCACCCAGGAAGGUGGGGGAGGUGGAGGGUGGGGAGGUGGUGGACGAGGAGGCGGCAGUGGUGGAAACUGUUACAAAUGUGGGGAGUCUGGGCAUUUUGCGAGAGAAUGCCCAGCCAGCACUGCUUGAAGGUCACUGCCUACCACCUAUAUGAUGGUUUAUCUUUUGCAGGUUGGGUAUUAUUUUGUUUAUGCGUCGUGAUAUGGUGGGAUUGUGAAAUUCUAUUUUGGUUCCUCUCAAACAAAAUCUGCUCCGACUUCCCUUUUCUAUGGUGAAACGUGUCAUCUCACUUAUUUUAUGAAAAUAAAUAUAUCAGAAGGAAGUUUUUGGCUCAGUUGCCAGUCAUGUUGGUUGGACAUGGAAAUUGAGAAUUCAGGAUGAACUGGUUCUCAUGGUAAGAUUGCUAUUCCCUCUACUCGUUUGAAUGGAUGUGAAGAGACUAUUGGUAAAAGUUGGUGAUAAUUUUUUGAUGUUAAUGCCUUUUAGUGGUUGGUAUUUCCCUCUAGAAGUAAACUGUCUUGUUUAGUUUGCUGGUACUGUUAUUUAUGGCUGUGAAUGUGGUUACAAAACAUGGCUAAAAUUUGCAGUCUAGUUUAUGAUUCCUCCAUUAUUGACAUCCAGAGGGAACUUUUCUCUUUACAUAAAUCUUUCUCCCUCUUGUCCACCCAAAGGAAAAAAGAUUGUCCAUAGCAUUCUGUUUGAUUGAAGUUGUCUUUUAAGUUUUAUCUUAAUUUAUGUUACUUGAGUUA